AUGGCCGAGCACACUCAGAAUAUUCCCGAUUCUGUCUACCAUGUCAUGCUCACAAUCUCCCAGUUAAAAGUGCCAAUCGGACAGACUGAGAAGAUCCGCGUGCUGGGCACUUACACGUCCAUCAGCAAAGCCAAGGAGGCCGCGCAUUGCGGUCUCUACAACGCCGGAUACGAGCGGGAAUGGUUCCCAACCUUCGAGACAAGCCCGGACGCCCUGGAACAGCUCGCAACAACAGAGGGGACGGGACUCGCGGUCUACGCAGUCGCGAACGACGGUACAAAGUUUCGGCUGCGUAUCUCCACGUCUCCCAAUUCACUCCAGUUGAGGACUGAUGAGGAAGAAGAUGUAGAUGGACGCGUCAAACUUCCUCUUUUUUACGUCGUGCAGACAAAUGUUCCCUAUUGCAGUCACCAGCGCAAGCCUACGCACGACACUCAUAUCGAGGGUUUUUUCAAGUCCUAUGCUGAAGCUAGGGCUCGCGCAAGGGCCGUGCUUCUCGCGGAAGAGGAUGGGAUCACGGCCUCGAGCUAUCAGGACUACUGUGAAGCGGGCGAGAACGAAAAUGAUUGCGAGUUUGGGGAGAAUGUCAUAGUGCAUGCGACGGGCGAGAACGGAGAUAAUUAUUUCGUGAGUGUUGUGACGGGCCAGGCGCUGGAGAGUGUUAGAAUCUGUGAAGCCUCUCUCCGGGUUUGA